AUGGCAAACAACUUCCCAUUUUCCCAGCAACCUCAGAUCCCUUCGAUAACACUCACAACGGCACCGCUUUCUCCAGUCGUGGUUGGAGCUAGCUCUACAAGACAGAUGCAUCACCUUAUAGGUGAAUAUCGGAGGGAGACAAUUUUAUCUGCUACUUCGGCACCUAGCCUUCCUAGCCCAAAUAAUCAAGGAAGGGACGAACCACGCGAUAGAGGGACUAGGAACCCAGAUAUGGAUGGAGACACUAAGGCAGACCCAACAAGAGGGCAACAUCAAUAUGAUAUCCAUGCAGGAGAUGGUCGGUUAAACUUCACUUCUAUUAGUUGUACCAAAAGAAGUGCAUCAGAUAAAGGAACAUCCUUCUAUAUAAUGAAAGAGAGCAAGAGAUCUGAUAGUGAAGCUUUUUCAUUAGCAAAGUAUAAAGUAGCUCGAAAUGGAGUAAACUGGGAAGAACAGUUGCAACUUAUGCACUGUUUGAAGAAUGGUCUACAAAGCUGUGCACGAACUACCAUUUUAAAUGCUGUGAAAAACACAGUCCAUCCACCUACACAAGUGGUCUACCAGGAUAAUCCAGACGUAAACUUUGUCAAGUCCAACCACUUCUCCUAUGCCAUUGUUGUCAUGGGUGAGAUACCCUACGCAGAGAUGUUUGGUGAUAGUGCAAACCUUACAAUAGCUGACCCUGGUACGAGCAUCAUAUUCAAUGUCUGUGGGGUUGUGAAGUGUGUGGUAGUUGUCAUUUCUGGGCGUCCAGUUGUGAUGGAGCCAUAUGUUGCAAAUAUAGACGCCCUCGUGGCUGCUUGGCUUCCGGGAAUUGAAGGACAAGGUAUUGCUGAUGUUCUGUUUGGUGACUAUGGAUUCACUGGCAAACUCACGCGCACUUGGUUCAAGUCAGUUGAUAAGCUUCGCAUGAAUGUUGGUGAUCCACAUUACUAUCCUUUGUUUCCUUUUGGAUUUGGUCUCACUAUUGAGCCUCUUGAGCUAAAAUUCACCAAUAGGCCCGGAGCAUUAACUCCCUCACUCUCCCAACAUCCCAGCCAACUUCCAAUAAAUGGCUCCUACCCCAUCUCCUAUACACCACCUGGAGAUGACCCGUUAAACUUCACUUCUAUUAAAAAAAAAUCAAAAACAAGAAAAAAGAUAAUUCAUCAUUGA